AUGACGGUAUUGUCGGCACUGAUGGGCGUAGUGGUGCCCAACCUGCUCUCUGUACAGGUGACACAGAUGUUGGCGGUGGUGCUCUUUAUGGUGUUCGGCGGAAAGAUUCUUUACGACGAGCUGAUUCGAAGGAAGGCUAAUGACGAAGAGAGCGAGGACGAGAUGUCGGAGGCUGCAGCGGCUUUGCGCCGUCGCGACCCGAACGAUCCAGCCGAGACCGGUAGCGUGGCGUCGUCCACCUACAUGAGCGCGCCGGCUCGUCGCUGGCGCACGCUGCUGAACCCUGUCAUGGUAGAGGCGUUCACGCUAACCUUCGUUGCCGAAUGGGGAGACCGUAGCCAGCUGGCCACCAUUGCGUUGGCCGCCGCGAAGAGCCCGUACGGCGUCACCGUUGGCGGUAUUCUCGGCCACGCCAUCUGCACCGGCGGCGCUGUUCUGUGCGGUAACCUCGUCGCACAACGCGUGUCCAUGAAGACAGUG